CUUCAUACACAAGUGUGCUUAGAAAUAAUAUACCCAUGUGCUUUCACGGACCCUUGUCCCUUAUUCAAAGAAUCCUGCCCACGGGCUCUCAGAAUAAUGGUCUGCUGAUCUUGGGCCUGGACAAUGCUGGCAAGUCCACCCUAACAGAACGCCUCUCGGAGAUCUUUAAUGGCAAAGCCAAGGCAGCCACUGUCCAGGCCAGUGAGUGGAGCCUAAGGAUCAACAAUUCCAAGCUAAAAUUGUGGGAUAUUAAUGGGGACCUGAAGAACAGGAUGGUUUGGCCUAAUUAUUACCAAAAGGCCAGGAUUUUGAUUUUUGUAGUAGACAGCAAGGAUGCAGUGCGUCUCAGCGAGGCUCGUUGUGUUCUCUGCGAUGUCCUUUUGCAUGAGGAACUAAACAAGGCUGCACUUUUGAUAGUAUCCAAUAAAAAGGACACUCAGGGAUCUCUGCCCGCAUCCACAAUUGUGGAUUUAAUGGGUCUGAAUCAUUUGCAGGGCAGAGAGUGGGAUAUUAAGGAAUGUUCCCUGCAGACUGACAAAGGAGUCCAGGACAUUGUGGACUGGAUUUUUAGCAAGACCACGAAGGCCAAGAAGUGAUUGAUUAGUCUUUGCAUUUUUAGAUAUUGUACAAAAAAACGUUCUAUAUAUUAAAUGUCUGCUAAAAA